AAGAGACAUGAGGAGCAAAGGAGAUGAUAAAUCUUAUUUCUCUACUUUUGGAAGAAUUUGUUCAGCAGAAGGAAAGCCUUGAAAAAUCUUCACAGAGAGAGUAUUGUAAAUUUCUUAUGGGCAUCUAACCACACAGCUCUGCAAUUGUUGUGGUCCCAUUUGAUCAGCUGGCACAGCUUUGGGAUGGGCUUACUGCUUCACGGGAUUUGUUGAGCCAGCUGAGAUGACAGUCCUCCAUAGCAGCACGGAAGGUUUGGAAGGGCAGCUCUCUCCAUAGCAACUGAAAACUUUUCAAGGCAGCAAUAAACUAAUCCUCUCCAGCUUCCAGAGCACCAUCAAGGAAUUUUAAAAACAUUGGACUUCCAGCAGCUAAAUACUUCUGAGGAUUCAGAAGGCCACAAAGCUAGAUACUCGAGCAUUCUUUUUCCCUUCAGAAGAUUCUUCAGGUUUCCCGUUUAAGCUGUGCAGUGUGAGCAACAGUCCAACAUUCAGUGCAGAUCACGCACUGCAGGAAGAGGAGAUGUGUUUUUUGACCAAGCAUCCAGCUCUUGGGGUGGUAUGUUCUGCUUUCAUAUUCAGCGUGCUCAUUGCUGAAGGACAGCCUGGGGAAGAGCAUGGGCAGGAUGGCAGCAGUCCUCCCAGCAGAGGCUCUCUGGUGGAAGUUUUACGCAUUCUCUCAGCUGAAAACACUGAGCUCCACAUGAACCACUCACGGGAACUGGUCAAAAUGUUACUGGAGAGAGCUGAAUGCCCACAGCGGAUUUAUGGCAUGCAAGAGGAUUGUAAUCUGUGCCUUGAACCAGAUGCUUUGUUACUGAUUGCUGGAGGAGAUUUAGAAGGCCAUCUCAGUGAAGAAGUAUUUGAAAGAAUUUCUCUUAUUCUUCUCUACUACAUUCUUCAUCGUAGAGAUAUGUGUUCUUCAGAAUUCAGCUUGAAUGAUAAGGAUUAUAAAUUUUACCUACAGAGUAUGCUUAGUUUAAGACAUGAUGAAGACUGUUAUUAUUUUUCACGGAAUGAAACUGAAGAUAUUUUAGCUGCAGUAAGGCAACAUUUUAAAACUUCUGAAAACCAGUGUGUUGAUGUGAGCACUCUGGAGAAAAAGGCUGAUAUAAUGGACAGAGAUGGCGCUGAUGAAAACACUCUUCCACGCCUGGCUGCUUUAAUCCUUACUCUGGCACUCCAAGGAGUCUGCAUGGGGAAAGCAAGUUUGCCUUCCCCAGAAUUCUUUAUAAAAUAUAUUUUCAGUUCUCUAAAUAGUACCACUGAGCUCCAAGUGACAGAACUGGAACAACUACUCAAUGUGCUUAGAGCCAAAAAGACCUGCACUGUAAAUGGACAAUUUCACAGUCACAAAAUAAGACAUUACAGUUUGACAGUCAGAGAUAUUGGAAGAAGAAAUACUCCAGUCAAAGGAAACCAUACAAAAGGAGACUAUCCGAAAAGCUAUUUUGAGGAUCGUGAAAGGAACACAGAUUGGGACCAGGUUUGUUUCUCUGCCAAUGAACUUGUGAAGAUAUUUUUGAAAAACAGUUCUUCCUCCAUUUCUAAGGACCACUUCAAGCAAAUCAGUCCAGCUAUCAUUCAACAACUUUUAAGUUGUUCGUGUCAACCUCCUGACUUCAAACAGACAAAGCUUCCACCAACAACUGUGGAAAAAUAUGGUUACAGCACUGUUGCUGUUUUACUUAUUACUAUUGGAUCUAUGUUUGGUACAACUCUCAUUUUAUUUAACUCCUGUCAAGAAAUCUAUACACUCAUUUUACAGCUGUUUGUCGGUUUGGCUGUUGGAACCCUUUCUGGAGAUGCAUUGCUACAUCUUAUUCCUCAGACUCUUGGUUUGCAUAAACAUGAAGCGCAAGAUGUAGAACAUUUCUAUGAGGGAAAAGAAUAUAUUUGGAAACUUUUGGGAAUAAUUGGAGGAAUUCAUGGAUUUUUUCUGAUAGAAAAGUGCUUCUUUCUUUUGGUAACACCUCGUGACCAGGGCCUUUCUUUAGUUAAUGGGCACUGGGGACAUUCCCAUGAUCUUCCAGUGGAGUCUGAAUUAAAUGAACAUUCAGGCAGAGGCAAAUCUACUUCAACCAUUCAGUUGAGAAGCCCAGAAGAUUCUGAACCUGCUGAAGUUCCUCCAGACAGCAAGGUGAUCAGCAAAAAAAGUAAAAAAAUCAGCUUGUUAGCAAUAAUGGUUCUGGUGGGUGACAGUCUUCACAAUUUUGCUGAUGGCUUGGUAAUAGGAGCAGCAUUCUCAUCCUCAACAGAAACAGGUGUGACAACGACUGUUGCUAUCUUAUGCCAUGAAAUUCCUCAUGAAAUGGGAGAUUUUGCUGUGCUGCUAAGUACAGGGCUCCCAACGAAGAUUGCAAUUUUGAUGAAUUUUAUAAGUGCACUAACAGCAUUCUUAGGACUUUAUAUUGGCCUUUCUCUAUCGACUGACCCAUCCAUUCAAAACUGGAUCUUUACUAUUACAGCUGGAAUGUUCUUGUAUUUAUCUUUAGCAGAAAUGCUUCCUGAAAUGACUCAUAUUCAGACACGGCGACCCUGGUUGAUGUUUCUCCUACAGAACCUUGGAUUACUAUUAGGCUGGCUUUGCCUCUUACUUUUGGCUGUAUUUGAACAGAAAAUUAAAAUAUAAGUUUUCUGUUGGAAAUCUCAAAGUACCACUUAUGACAGUGGAUAGCAUUAUUCACAAUUUUGUUAUGUCUGCCAUAGUCAUAUGUAAAUUAAGUUGCUGGGAUUUUAUAUCUGAACAGUAGAUAACUAUUUUACUUUAUUAACUUAUUGUUCAGAUUUUUGUAAUUAUUUUUUUGUAAACAUGAAUGUUUAGAAUUCUGUUAUAUUUGUUACUGAGUUUACCACAUCCCAUGCUCAAACUCACAGGAGCUUUUGAUUAGUUUUUAUUGAGACUGUUCUAGUUGAAUACUCUAAGUGAUCUCUGCCAGUCUGAUUGAGGAAAAUAAUAAAACACUUUUAUAUGCAAUAGUUAAAGUGGACUAACCAUAGUUGAAUAAUUUGAAUAUGGAAUUUUUUUGCCUUUUAGUACAAAGAAUUAUUUCUUUAAAUCUAAGAAGCGUAGCAAAGCUAAGCUUCUAAAUGGCAUAAAGCAAUGUCAUAAAUUCUGCACUUUUGUCAACAUAAAGAUUCUCAUCAGUUACAAUUUACUGGACUGUGGCAGGAAAAAUUGACAGGUGUAAAUGUUGAAGUUUAUGAUAAAGAAAUUUGGGAAUAUUCUUUUUGGACUAUAAUAUAAUUUCUCAUAUGUGUGAUGAAACCUGUGACAGUUGAGCACUGGACUAACCACCUUUUGCAUUAUCUCACAUCUGGUGGUUGCUUAUAGCAACUGCCUAUGAAGCAUUACAAAAAAUAUAUUUUAAUUGCUUUACCCUGAUAUUCCUUCCAGACUCCUCAAAUGAAAGCAUUUCUUGUUGCUUCUGAGACAUCACAUUCAAUAAACACUUGCCUUCCUCUCAGUAAUUAGCUUAAUCAUAGUUAUGUGAUGUGCAUUGUGGAAAGAGUUUUUCAAUUGUCUGGAGAGCAUGUAGCCUCACUGCAACUCCUCCCAUCCUGAGUGAUUUUUGUGUAAUUAGUCCUCUCAAUUUCAAGUUAAUUCUGCAGAAGUUGAGAUGAUUAAUUUAAUUUAGUUUUGCAGAAUCAGGUCUGAAACAAAUAUACAAAUUCUGCCCUGAUUCUGAUAUGCUGAGCAGCUUCCAGGAGGUAUUGAGCAACACUCAGCUGUGUGAUUUCAGCUGUUUACGUGAACUCAAUUUCUGGUGCAAGGACUUCUCCCCUGUCUUAUUAUUACUUUUGUAUGAGAACAAAAUUUUGUUUUUUCUUUCUCCUCUGAUGUGCUGUGGAAAUAGGGAGAGCAAGUUACAGAACAGACAGGUAUUCUUUAUGAAGCAACUGGAAGUUUUCUUUGUCUAAACUCUGUCCUGAAAUAUCGCUACAUUAUGACACAUGACGGUCUCACAACUUGUCCUGUGUUUAUUUGAUAGCUCCUAGUGAAGGUACAAUUAUUCUCAUAUUACAGAAGGGAACAGAGUCUACUGUCCUACAGCAGACUGUCAGACCUGCUAGUUCUCAAAAGCUUCAUGGGCACCAUACUAACUUAUCAAAAUACAAAGUGAAAGAAAAUACUGAAUGGCGCUGUUUAUGAUAGCCCACGCUCAUGGGCUUGUGAACCCUUAUUCAACCACUGACUAACCCUCAAGGAAAGAAAACCAAACUUAGAGAUCAUUUUAAAGGUAAAUAUGCAUUCAUUUUCAGUGCCUGUUAGUUACAAGAAGCUGUAGCAAAUACCCCAAUGCAAAUCUAGACAAAUUUAGACAUGUACAUGUCUUCAGAAACCUUGUUCCAAACAAUUUAUCCAAGGUAACAACAGGAAGUCUGUAUCUGACAAAGGAGUGAACCGAGCUCUUUUUAAGGUCUGAAGUACAAUCCUAGCUUCUUUUAUUUAGGUGUGCAGAUAUUACAAUUGCUUUUUAUGUUGAUGUAACUUUGAAAGGUGAAUUGAGAAGCCAUGUCUAAUGCUUCUGUUUUAAAAGUUUAUUUCUUUUUCCUGGAGCUUGUACUUGAUUUUAUUAAGGUAAUAUUUUUAAAAGUGGUUUCUCAGUAUUUCAUCUGUUUGUAUUGGCACCGAGUCACUUCAUGACCUUCAGCUGUGACAGUCAAUUCAAGCAAUAGCAGGGCAUCACUGGACGUAAGCAAAAUCUAUUCUUGUGUCAGAUGGUGCAAAUGAAUUGGAAACAUUCAUUAUUUCAAAAAGAAGAGUUACCAUGAUUUGAAUGCUUAUGUAUGCCUAAUGUUUGUUUCCAUGGAAAGCAAGAUUACCAAUAUGAUCAUGUUUUGGUAAUGUUAUUGUAUUCUGAAAUACUUGUCUACUAUUUAUUAAUGUGUCUGAAAGAGGGCAAGUUAUUUCUGGCAGUGUGUACUUCAAAGUUGCAUAUGAGCAUAGGUUCCCAUCCAGAUAUGUUCUGUGAACAUAUUGUAUCUACCUCUUUUGAGAAAAUGCCAUCUUUUGGCUACAUAUGCUUAUCAGGCAUCUUGAUCACGUUUAACGACCAAAUUUAUUUGUACAGCUUCUACCACAGGCACAGAUAUGUUGAUCAGAAAGCCAGUCAAUCUUUAUUUCUGCAACAGAGCUCUUUGGCUUUUGUGGUAUUUGUCAAUAAAUGAGUAGUUCUGUGACCACUUUACCCUGGUGUAAAACCUGAACACCUGAAGUCUCAUCAGCAUAAGAAGGCUUGAAUUCCUGUGGCAAUUAGAGAGAAUUUAUCUCACUACUUAAGGUUAGUGCCUCUGCUGUAAAUCUCUUUACAUUAGUGUCUUUUUUAAAGAUACUGAAGAUGCAGUAUUACCCCAUGUAAAUCAAGACCUCUAGCCUGACAGAGGGCUGGAAACUGUUCCUAUGGAUCAUUAAAACAGAAAACUAAAUAAGUGUUUCUUAUUAUCUCUUCUCCAAAGAUAUUCACCUGUCUACUUAAUUGUUUUGGUCAAUGUUCUCUAAAAAUUCCAAGAAAAAGAAUAGGAUAUGUUUUUGUGUCCUUACAAAAGAGAAGACUCAGCACAAAUGUUCUUAUGAUGCGUUCUCUUUAAGUUUGUUUUAAAUCUGUAGAGUUUGUUCAUAGAGAUUUGAAACAGAUCAGUUUUUAAAGCCAGGUACAUCUUUCUAUUGCUUCAACCUAACAGACAGAGAGCAUAAUAUGCCAGUGUUUUCAUUGAGUGAAAUCCUGAAUAAGGACUGCAGAACUUCAUCACUUGCAGCCCUUAAAUCAGGACUAGUUUUCUGUGUAAGAGGUGUGCAAUUACUCAAACAGAUGUUAUGUGCUUGAUGGAGAGAUUACUUGGUGAGGUUUUACAGCCAGUCAGGCAGUUCUAACUAGAUAAUCAUAACGUUCCUUUGAAACUUUAAAUACAUUAAUCUAUAGAUAAAGGAAUUUUUCUGGAAGAAGCUGUUUCAUGUUUCUCCCUUUCAUCUAUUCUUAGUUUUCAGGCACUCUUAGGAUGAAAUGAUCUUGCUUUCCUACACAGAAAACUAGAAAGAAAAGGAAGGGCUGAAAGAAUUUGUUUCCUACAGUAUUUUUUCUUGUAAGUUAUAUGGCAAAGGGCCUCAUAAAGAAUACUUACAAUUCCAAACCACCAGCACUCCUGAGAGCUGACCUUGUACCUCUCUUUUCUGUAUAUGUUACACAUUAUCCAGUGACUCCUAAGAUAAAUAGUUCCUUCUUUGCAGUCAGUUAUAGUAAUGCCCUCAAGUUUCUGGAGCUCAUCUGCAUGUUUUAAAUACUGCCAUCUAUUCCUUUACUGUGUUUUAUGCUUUGAACAUGAAUGUAGCCCUUCCUGCAGAGACAGUUUUUUCUUAAAAGAAAACAUUGUUAGUUUUGGCAUUUACCCUUGAAUUGUUUUUCUAUCACCGUGCCAUUGCACUUGAGAAAGCAAAUAUCAUUGUAACAGUUUUAAACAGGUUUAUAUCUGUCUGAUGUGUGGAUUAGGGCUGAUACCUUAUCAAUGUUCUUAGCUUUUCUUUCUUUACUGUAACCUUUUGUCAAGCCUUCCUCUCAUUUUAAAAAUAAGCUGUCUUCUAUUGUGACUGUAGCUGUAGGAAUGUGACUACAGAAAAUACAAGCAGUAGUUGCACAAUGGCUUUAAUCAAAACAAAAAGUCCUGCAAUUUAUUUUACUAGACCCACCUACAUUCCCUUCUCCCCAAAAGAACAAAAAAAAAUCCACACAUGGAGCUGUUGCUCUGGGUCACGUAGGGGAAUGUAAGAAGUGCCUCUUUCCUUUUAUGUCCCUGAUAACAGGACCGAGCGCAACGGGAGCCCCUGCACAGAUGCCUGGAGGCACUGCCGGGCUCCCGUGGGCGGCAGCGCAGAGCCACAUCCCGGGCCGGGGCUGGUGCGCUCCCGGCAGGGACCGGGCACGGAGCGGGCGGGGACUCCCGAGGGGGAGCCCCAGGGUGGCACUUGGGCGCCGGCAGCGGGAGGAUCCAAGGGUUUACCGCUGUCUCACUGCAGGGCACGUUGGUUCACGCUGCCGGCUUUGGAAGUGAAAACUGCUGCGGGAGCGGUCGAGCUGAUACCCCGUGGCCGCGGGCUGGAGCCCAGCGGCCAGGGUGAUCCCAGGGACCCCCAGGGAGGUCCAUCUCCACCCUGCAGCUGCAGGGCAGUGAUCCGCAGGAGCCCAGCGGCCAGGGUGAUCCCAGGGACCCCCAGGGAGGUCCAUCUCCACCCUAAAGCUGCAGGGCAGUGAUCCGCAGGAGCCCAGCGGCCAGGGUGAUCCCAGGGACCCCCAGGGAGGUCCAUCUCCACCCUGCAGCUGCAGGGCACCGAAACGGAGCGCGGCGUGGCAGCUUCUUCUCUUCCAUGGUCUCAGCUCUGUCAUUGCCGGACAGCAUUAAGCACAGGAUUACCUGGCAACCUAAAUCUGCCUAGCAACCAUUUACAUAUUGCCCCAAGGUAGUGCCGACCAGCUCUACCGCAGUGCUAUAACGAUAUGUGACAUCGUUUUGUUCCACGGCAGCUGGCUGGGGAACCCUCCUCCUCUUCCCAGGGGCCAGAAGGACCUAAUUUGACCCAUCCAAGAGAGGUGACAAGAGAUAUGCAUAGGGAAAUAAGACUGGUCAGUUAUUCUGGCAUAUUCCAGUCUUUGGUUUAGAUCACACCAAAUUGUCUUCCAUGCACUCUCGUGCUGCAGGCUGGGCAGCAGACAAUGCCUGCACUGCUCUGUUGGGUAGCUGCCCAGGCUGUCCUCCUCCGGGUACAGGGCAGGUGAACAGCAGCCAUAGCUCAGGCCUGGCAAGUGUUUCAGAGCAUUCCAGGUGUCCCUAUAUUGCUGGUGUAUGCACCAGCACACCACCUGAGGAACACUCUUUUUAGCUUUUCUGGCAAGGGCUUUCUGGUGUAUGUCUUUCCACCUGCAAUGAAAAUACCAUAACGCAUAUGAUAUAGGCUGUUAUCUGUUCUUGUCCACCACCCAUGUGGAUAGUUUUGGACGGAUUUUUGUGUUGCCACAGUUUAUUUCUUCAGAAAGGGAAACAGAAUGUGGAAGAAUUAACUGAGAAUCACACAGAAGGAGGUGGUGGUACACAGUGGUACCAGUGAUGCAUCUCAUUUUUGGACAGACACUGCUGUGAGUACUGAGCACAAACACAAGAAAGUCAUCUUUUGAUUCCACACUGAAGUGUGUUGGUGUUAUCUUGGUGCUCUUGGGUGAUUUUUAUCACCAACAACUGGAAGAGUGCCCUAGUUUCAGGACUUCAAAGUCCAUCUAUGUAUUCCUGUGCAAAGGCAUAGUAUGAGCUCUGGGGCAAGAGUACACCUACUUUUUGACUGUCAUCCCAAUCCAGAAGGGGAUGAGUAUUGAAUUCAAGUAUACAACCUAAUGCCAGCUGUAUGCAUGGUACAGUGACUCAGAUAGCUAUAAUGAUCAGCAAGUUUAGAAAGUUGUAAAUGGGCAACAUACAUCUGGUGGUUCAGUAUGCCCAGGCCAACACAGCAGCAUUCAGAAAACAUCCACACUGGGCUAUAGCCAUGAAUGCAAUUCUUUUCCCAGGUACUAACAACAUGAGAAGUUCCAUGCAUGUUAAAAUCAUUCUGUUACACUCCAGGACAUCACUGCUGAUAUUUUUGCACAAGGUUUCAGAGAAAAAGAUAAAAUGGACAAAAGGUCUCUUCUGUAAUAUGGAAAAAACCUGAACACGAGUGGCAACGCACUGUAAAUUGCACAGUGAUUCCUCAUGCUGCCCACAUGCAAAGCAUCUCCCUUUUCACUCUGAGACAAACAGGACCAAACUGAUACAGAACAGGAAAGCCAGAACAAGGAACUGUCCAGAAGAAAGUUCUUACAGAUGUGUGAGGUGUACAGGUGUAAAUGGCAAAACAAACAACAAAUACAUAGAAAAUUACUCUCUCCUCAUUGCAGUACCUUCUCAUUGACAAACACAAAUCCCACACAAUUCUCUCAAAUUUUGCUGGAAAAUACUGUGGCUAAGAACUCAAGUUUUAGCACUGGAAGUAGUUCACAUAUUACAAACUAGAUGACUUUCAAUAACCCUUAAACUUGAGACAGGCAUUGAAAAUAAGAUCUUUAUGUUCAUAGGCAUGUAGGUUGGAAAAUACAUAUUCAUAAUUGAUCAAACCAGUGUAAUUUUGUGCACAGGAUGUAAAUUCCAUCUCAAGCAAUGAGAGGAAAAAAAGCUUACAAGAGCAUAGUCCAUUUUCUAUCAUUUCCUACUACCAUAAAACCUAGUUUUCAAAUAGGCUUUUUGUACUUGCAAUUAGCGAGAAUAUGCCAUUUGUCUAGACAACAGAGUAGCUGAAUAUCUGAUGUUUCUGGCAUUAUUAGAGUAGAUUAAGAAAGCACAUGACUAUUUGUAAAUUCCUUUCUAGCAUGUAAUAUUUUAAUACACCAUCAAAAUUCUUAGGUUGGAGUGCACACAUUUAACCCUCCUUCUUGACUGCUCAUGGAACUGUUUUCUAGAAGUAAUGAAAAUGUAUUUCACUUGAGUGAAGUGGCUUUUUCUGUUUCCUUCCCUUUCUCUCACUUAUUUUCUCCCACUAAUAUAAUUCCUGCUAUGUGUUAAGUUUCAGUUUUGGUGGAGAAAAUCUGAUUUUUUUAGAGACAUUUAAUUACUAUAAUGUAUGUUGGAUCAUGGGCAACAGACACGUCAGAAAGGAUGGUUUGAAUUCUGAGGAAGCAUAAAUAGAGCAAGAGGUUCCUA